AUGAACGUCGAAGCAUUCCGUCACCAAAAAUUUCUGGAACUCAAUGGAGACAAGAUCAUCUAUUCACUGGACGAGGAGCAAAAGGAGAUCUACUCCAUGAUGAAGAGGAACAUCGCCGUCGGUCCUUCAAUCAUAUUUAAGCGCUAUGCUGAGAGAAACAAGACACGUAUUCGCGGGAAGAAGAAAUGUAAGAAGGUGAUUACAUACGAUGCUAAUGCCCUCUAUCUCUGGUGCUUAGGAUAUGAUAUGCCAUGCGGACGAUUGAUCAAGAUAGAAGCGUACAAAGAAGUGAUUAAGGAUGAUAAGAUCUUCGGCUUCUUAGAAUGUGAUAUUGAGAUUCCAGAGCACCUGAAGGACUACUUCUCGGAGAUGACACCUAUCUUCAAGAAUGCGGAGAUCGAUCCGACCAAGAAGGAAGUGAUUGGAGAUCAUAUGCAUGAAUGCAAUCAAAAUCUUGGAGAUGAUAAGAGAAAGACGAAAAGCAAGAAGCUCAUUGGUUCCUAUUUCGGAGAGCGGAUUCUGAUCUACACACCGUUGCUCUAG